AUGGAUGAAGCCGAUUUCUUGGAAGAUGCAACUUCUAAGAAACAGGAGGAUUUGCCUUAUGAUGGGGACUUCUCCCAAAUUCAGAUGUACAACAAUUACAAUUUUACCUCAAAAUAUGACAUCCUUGAUGUCUCAAAUCAAAUGAAUUUAACAGAAGAUGACCUUCAAGAAAAGGCCACACAUAGAGAGACUUGCAGAAAGGCAGAUAUGGCCAUGACUUUGGAUAAAACAACUGAAAAUGCUAUCAGCAAAAAAUAUGAUAAAGAGAAUCAAGGCACCAUAAAUCUUCAUAUUCCAUCGAAUCAAGGAGACCCUUUAAAGUCAAACAUUUCUUAUAUUUUACUCCAUCAUCUUUGCAAAGAGGAAUUCUCAAAAGGUCAAGGCAUUAAUUGUGAAACUCUCCCAGAGAUCUCUAAUGCUGACAGUUUUGACGGAGCUAUUAUUAAAAAUAUUAUUUUGCAGCAUGUUAAGAAUUCUUGGCCGACAGAACAAACCUCAGAACUCACUGACCAACUCAACUCCAAAAGCGAUGGUGAAAACAGCAAUAAGCCCAGUUGUUUUCCAACCACGACAGAAGAAAACACCUCUGAUUUAGAGGAUCCAGCCGCUGCUGGAGAAAGCAGCCAUCAGGAAAAUUCAAAUUUUCUAACUAAAAUCAAGAGUCCAGGUGAUAAAGAAAAAAGUUGCCAAGGGCAGACACCCCAGAAACAGCAGGCUGAAAAAGCAAGUUCAGGCAACAGGUUCAAAUACGGCCAAGGUCAAGUUCAUUACUGGUUCUCUGAUUCCUCUAAAGUUGCUCCUAAAAAUAACAUAAUUGACAAACCACUUACAACCGAUAAACAAGCCAGCUUUUCUCCUAAAUUGAGAGAUAAGUCAGCUAUUGUGCAAGAUAUUUCAGAAAGCAUGUCUAGAUCAAACGAUGUUGAAAAACAAGAGCAGAAAUGGAAAACUCCUGAACCUUCACAACAGAUAGAGAUGGAGCCCACAGUACAUAUCCACCAAGAACAUCUUGCAGGAAUAGAAUCUGAGACAAGUCUCUCUAAGAUGCCAUUGACUUCUCGGAAAGACCCUUCCUCAAGUUCUUCUUACACAUUUCACAAGAUAUCCCAAGGGAAACAGAUGUGUCAGAAGUUAAAAGAACAGACUGAUCAACUGAAGACUAAAGUACAAGAAUUUUCCAAAAGCAUAACACAGGAUUCUCCCUAUCAUUUGCAAGACAGGAGGCUGGUCCUCGAGGAACUGCAGGGACAUCUCGAACUGCUGGAACAGGAGUUUCUGGCCAAUAAGGAGAAGCAUCUGACUUUGAAACAGCAAGUCCACAAGCAUGAAUCCCCAGCUGUCGAUGAAUUUGAUCCAGAAAGAAAAGUAGAAGGUGAAAUCGUCACGUUGGAGAUGCUACUUGAAGAUUUUGAAGAGAAAAUUAAUAAAGGCAAACAUACUUCAGCUGUCUCUCUUCCCGUGAGUUCUCAAAUCAACCCGGAUGACUUGUCAUCCACAUCCUCCCCAUCCUCAAAUGAGGAGGAGCCUAACAACGUUUCGGGGAGGCAGGACGGUGCGGAGACGACCGGUGCACGCUGUGCCUUCGGCCACCGGGUCCUUGAAUGGAAGCAAAAAAUGGAGAAAAAAGGCCACAGAGGAAUCAACCAUGGAAGGUUUCCUGUUGCCAUUCAAGACAAGGCACGGCACCCAGACUCACUUCUCGGUUCUGAUACAGGACUCAGCUGCUAUUCUGCUUCUGGGACUGGACUGCAGAGUAAUAAAUGUGAGAACUGCAGCACUAAGAUUCAUAACUCCCAGAGAGUCUGUGGUAAAGCAUCAUCUAAAGAAUUUCAUUACAUAUUCAACACCCCGGGACAGAAUUUCUUUAAUCACAGCAAAAGAAGUGCCUUUGCCCAGCUCCGCUAUUUAAAUGAAAAUAAAAAUUCUUCACCUUCUCAUUCAAAACCAAAAUGGAUCUGUUUCCAGAGUGCAAAUUCAAAAUCCUCUUAUGAUGAAUGUGAACUCAUACCAGGAAAUUCAGACCUUGCUACACCCUCACCCCAUUCCCACUCCUGCAGGAUUUCUGAAAGCACAUCCUCAAGCAACUUUACCGGUAUCGAAGAAACGGAAUCUGAGAUUUUAAACUCGUCUUUGGAUCAUGCCCUAAGGACAGCAACCAUUUUGAAACAAACUACUGAUCAAAUGAUUAGAACUAUUGCAGAAGAUCUUGCCAAAGUACAGAGAUGGAGGAAUAGACUGAAAUACUAGUUUGACUCAAGGCAACCAAGGAUUAAAAAAAAAUGCAGAGAAAACUUGGUCUUCACCCCAAAAGUAUUUUACUUAUUACACAACUUAUGAAGAUGACUUUCUAGAGAAAACACCAAAACUGCAAGAAAUGGGGGACACAAUGUGCUAAAAUGAAACAAAAAAUGGACCUCUGAUUCUUAAAAAUCAAAAUCAACACAUAUUUGCUUAAAAAUAAAUCUAUGUUAUUCCUAACUCAUAAUAAAAGAAAUCAAAAAAAGGAAAUAUACUUUUACCUAUUAGUGUGGCAAAAACUAAAGUUUGAAAGGAAGUAAAAAUGUGCUUCAGAGAUAGGAAAUCGUUUCAGUUAGGAGCAACAACAAAAAAAGUCUUUUUCAGGGUCUUGAUACCAGAAUCUGUAACUGCUCAUUCUACCGAGGGUGGAGUAGGGUAGGGAAUCAGCUUAUACUAGGAAUUUAUGUAUGAUGACCUCUUAUGUCUUCAAAUCCAGUAAGAACUUUAGGAAACAAAGGGUCUCUCCAACUCUAAGCCUAAAAUGUAUGUGAAAUUUGAGGCCUAAAAUGUAGGCCUCAAAGGAUCUCUUAUCAGUGUGAUACGGCAGAGUGAUCACUGAGGUGUGCAGUGAUUGAAUGGAUGGACCAAUGUUUGCUGUCAUCACACUCUUAGUUCCAUUUGUCACAGGGCAUUGAAUUACUAUGAAUCUCUGUUCCACACAUGUACUAACCCUGGACAGAUAGUUACCAAGGCAUACAAAGAUCUCAGGUAAAAUGCAGACACCAAAAAAUUAACCCUCUCACUGGCAAUGUACUGUUCUCAUGCUCAGUCUCAAAGAGAGCUGUCUGUUAGACUGGUGGUUGCCAAGGGGCAGGGGGUUGGGGAAGGGAUGGAGUGGGAGGUUGAGGUUAGCAGACGUAAGCUUUUACACAUAGAAUGGAUAAACAACAAGGUUCUACUGUAUAGCGCAGAGAACUAUAUUCACUAUCCUAUGAUAAACCAUAAUGGAAAAGAAUACAUUAAAAAAAGCAUAUAUAUGUAUAACUGAAUCACUUUGCUGUACAGCAGUAAUUAACACAACAUUGUAAAUCAACUAUAUACUUCAAUUAAAAAAAAACAAAGAGAGCUGUUUAUUACUGUCACCUUUCCUCUCCACAUAGCCAUGUCAUCCAGGUUAAAUUAUAUAACCUCUCUGUGCCUUUUGU